AGAGUUGUGUUUGCAUUUGCUGUUUCAGUGUUAAAGCAUCUACACAACGCUGAACGUGCUUCAUUUUUCUUCUUCUUCUCAUCGAGGCACCACCUAAAUUCGACACCGCUCCUGUUUGGCCAAGCGCGCUCUGACGCCCUGCGAAUUUACUUCAGUUCGUCCGGCCACAGUAUCUGGGCUACUUUCUAUGCAAGACUGCUGGAGGAUUUUAGGGGUUGAUCAGGCGUCGGAGCAAAAUAGGUUAAACUUAAAUGACCUCCGAUCACGAAAUGAUCAGACAGCGUGUGAAAGCGCUUCUGGACAAACCUGGGAAUGGGAACUGUGCCGACUGUGGAGCUGCAGGCCCAGAGUGGGCAUCGUACACCCUUGGCGUGUUUGUGUGUCACAGCUGCUCAGGCCUCCAUCGAAACAUUGCUCAGAUCAGCAAGGUCAAAUCUCUUAUUCUGGAUCCCUGGACCCCUUCUGAGUUGGAGUUUAUGGACUCUGUUGGUAACAAUGCUGCCAAAGCCAUAUAUGAACAGCUAGUUCCUGCCUUUUACUACUGCCCCACCUUCAAGGAUUGCACGGUCCUGCGGGAUCAGUGGAUCCGAGCCAAGUACGAGAGGAAGGAGUUUUUGUGCGUGGAAAAGCAGGAACCCUACUCGGCAGGCUACAGAGAAGGGUUUCUGUGGAAACGUGGCAGAGACAAUGGACAAUACCUAAGCCGAAAAUUUAUUCUGUCCGAGCGAGAGGGUGUGCUUAAAUACUUUAACAAGCAUGACGCCAAAGAGCCUAAAGCGAUUAUGAAGAUCAAUACUUUGAAUGCCACUUUCCAGCCAUCCAAAAUGGGCACUGCCCAUGGUCUGCAGAUAACCUACUUAAAGGACAACAGCACUAGGAAUGUCUUUGUUUACCACGAGGAUGGAAAGGAAAUAGUGGACUGGUUCAAUGGCAUCAGAGCAGCUCGAUUGCGCUACCUGCAGGUGGCUUUUCCUCUAGCUCUAAACUCUGAGCUGCUGCCAAAGGUAACCAGAAACUACCUAAAAGAGGGCUACAUGGAGAAGACUGGUCCAAAGCACACAGAGGGCUUCAAGAAGAGGUGGUUUACGAUGGAUGACAGGAGGCUCUUGUAUUUCAAGGAUCCACUGGAUGCCUAUGCACGUGGUGAGGUCUUCAUCGGUAGUCAGGAAAAUGGCUACAUUGUGCUUCCCAACCUCCCUUCCACUAUCCAGGGUUACCAUUGGCCAUUUGGAAUAACAAUAGUGACCCCAGAUAGGAAGUUCCUCUUUGCAUGUGAGACCGAAGUGGAGCAGAAAGAAUGGAUCACUGCUUUCCUUACAGUUAUUAACAGACCAAUGCUGCCUCAGGAGUAUGCAGUGGAGGCAUAUUUUAAGCACAAACCGUGAUGAGGACGAAGAACUUGGUGCAGGGUGAGGAAUAUAGAAACUGCCGCUGGAAGAAGAAAAAAACCUUGACAUCUUGUAAUAGAAGCACUUACGAAAACUGAAGGCUCACAUAGAAAACAGCCUCACGGUGACACAGCUUUGAUUAUUUGGCAUUCCAGCAGUUACCCUUUUGUCUCUGCCUGUCGUCUUCGUCAGCCUCACCUACAUGAUGUGCCAGACACGUUUCGUGGGGAGCCAUGAAUGUUAGCUAACUCAUCUGCUAUGUGGUCUGACUUACUUUCAUACUUGAAACAGGACAUUUACACUGAAUGUGCAGAUGUGUGUGUGUCUGUAAACUUGGAGUUAGAACGGCUGCUGCUCACGAGAUUUCAGUGUAGUGUUCUGUCAUCAGUAACAAGAUUACAUUUCAGAUGUAUGAACUGCAAACUUCUGACCAAUUAUAUGCAGACCAAAACAGAUUUAUCUGACAUCAAACUGCAUGUUAACAUCAUUAAGGUGGUAUACAUACAUUAUUUUAUAUUAGACUUUCUGUAAAAAUAUGUGUAAUUCUGAAUGUAUUUAUUUUUUUUAAACUGUCUAAUUUUCUAUGUGCCACACAGGUAGAAUAAACAAUUUUUGCUUUUUUUUUGUUAGCACAGAUGUAAUCAAUGUAACAACUAAGUACUGCCUAGCCUUACUGCUUCUUCUAUAUAUACACAACUAUUUAAAUAUUUCCUUUAUGUCAUGAGUUAUUAUCCAGCAGAGGGAGACAUAGGAAAGGCUUUAGACUAAAAAAGGCUCCAGCAGCUUAACUUCAUCAAACCAGUGAUUGCUGGUCUACACUUUAAGUGAUUUGUGAAAGCAGCCCUAGGAAAAAGGCACAACAAGGUUUGAGCACUACUGUCAUUGGACUGUCGCACAAUUUGUUCAAACCUGAAGAGCUGACGUCAAUCAGCGUGAACACGCACAUGCUCUCUGCUGCGCUCAGUGAUCUGUAAUUGCAUGCUUUGUAUUGUGUAACUGUCCAAGAAGAGAAUUUGUGUAAGAGAAAUAUGAUGUAUACAUAUUUUUUUUAUUGUAGUUUUAAGUUACAAGAAAGAAGUUACACACUGAAAAGUAGUAAACCAAAUAAACAAUACUCUUAACUUCAA